CAGCAAAAAUCGCUGCAGCGUUUGCAGAACAACGUUCCAGCCGCGGCGUUGACAUUGCCAUGGGGAAGAACAAGAAGUCAAAAUAUGUCGGAUCAUGUGGUAUGUAUGUCUUCUCCCACGACGGAGAUGAAUAUCGAUUGUUGGUCCAUCGGAGGAGCAAACAGGUCUCCGAAUCACACAAGAUAGCUGCACCUGGUGGCAUUGUGGAGCGCAUCCACUGCGGCGAGGAUGGGAAGAAUUUGAAGCUGGGCGCCAAGGCUACGGCCGCCCGUGAGCUGCGUGAGGAGAGUGGCAUCAGUCUCAGCGAAGAGCAGUGCGAAGACCUCAUCGAUCUUCCAGCAGCUCCAGGCGGCUGGUGGGGAGAUGGUACACACUUCAACUUCGGAUAUGUCAUGCACAUCGACGAGAUACCUCCAAUCACCGGCCCUGAAAAGGAUUCCCAACACGAGCUGAUCCAUGGUGGGCUCCGGAUUGGUGAGCCUGCGGGCGAUGGGUAUCACGCGUGGGUACGGCUGAGUGAACUCCUUCAGCUCGAGGACCUGAUGCCUGCCUGUCGCACUCCCAUCGAGCAUUUCUUGACCAUGGAGUCCAUGGAGCCCUCGGAAUCGGCGACAAGGAGCACUGGGGUCCGCUUAACUGAAGCACCAGCACUAUCCACGUCUUUGAUGACGUCUCCCAAGCCAAGUGCACGUCCAUUUGCCAGGCCAUCGAGUCCCAUGUCUUGGGUGGACAAUCAGUCAGUGAUGCCCAGCUUUCCACCGCAGAGGCCACCCCCCAGGCCAAGCAAUUACGAAGUGGACGAGGCGCGGCCCUCGAAAAAGCCACGAGGUGCGAUUCAUCGGUGGGUCUUUGGUGGUCCUUGA